UUUUCUUGUCGUAUGUGGCGUCUUGUGUAUUUAUCUUUCUUUUUAAUAUUUUAAUAAAAAUUGCAUUUAUUUAGUGUUUUUUAUAUAACUUUACGUUUACUUUAAAUGGUUAGGUGUAAGUGUUCAUAAUCAUAAGGAAAUAGUAAAGUAGCGCUUGAAUUCAGUUUUCUAAGUCUAAAAUGGAUAGAAAUAAUAUGAGAUCAAAUUAUGUGAAUAGUGGACCUAGGUCUCUACCACACAUGGGAGGUGGCAAGCGUCACAAUGGCAAUGGUCACAAUGGGUCCCGGCUCAGCCCACCAGCACAGACUGCCAACAAUAAUCACAAUAACAGCAAUCACCAUGAUGAUCUGAUUAAUUAUAUUUUUGAAUCCUGGAAUAAGGUAACUCGUGAACUAGAAAGAGGCAGCGAUGAAGCAAAAUACUAUCAAGACGUUUUAGGUCCACGACAGCUGGCUAAUUUUAGACCAUUUAACCUGGAGGAGUGGUGGGGUCGUCGUGUUAUCCAGAGCAUAAAUCGUAAUAAGCAUCGGUCUUAGUUCUUACAAAGUGGCGAGUUAUUGAUAUCUCAUUGUGACAUCAUGGCUUCACAAUAUUUUCUUCUGAUCAUACUUUUGGUACAUUCUUGGACUAGUUUUCAAAGUUGGUAUUGGUAGAUUGAAAUGUAUAAUAUUUAAAUAUAAUUAGAUCAUUUUUCAUAUUAUUAUGUGGGAAAUAAUUAUUAGGCAUUUGUUACAUCGUGGGAAAACCAUAAAUGUGUUCCAUAAUAUGUUUUUAAUAACUCUUUUGAUGAACAAACGAUUAUUAUAAAAAGAAGUAAUAAGUUAGUAUAAUUAAGUAUGCUUUACAAAAUUAUUUUCUUCAAUUAAUGUAACUUACAUUAAUUUAUUGACAGAAAUAAAUAUAAUUCAGGCUAAGUACACUAAACACAUUUCUAGGCACGAUAUUCACUAAAGAUCACUAUUGAAUUUAUCUAAAUAAUCUUUUUUAUUUGCACGAUAAUUCUCACAUACAAUAUUUAAAAUAGUAUGUACUAAAUUUAUUGUAUUGUACACAUUAAAACAAAUUAAUUCUAUUCUCACAUUAA